AUGCCGAUAUUAUCAAGAUACCUCCCGUUUGCUUCAAAAACAACAGAUACGCAGGCAGUGACCUAUCUCCUAGCCGUGUGCCUUUUUUCUAUCUCCUUUCUAGUCUUCCUUAAUAGCAGCGUAUCAUUCGUUAUCACUGAUCUCAUUGGAAUAAAAGAUGGUGUGGGGGACUUGGUGGGCACUCUCGGAUUCGCGGAUGAACUGGUUGCUUUAUUAGCUUGUCCCGCGUGGGGAAUACUCAGCGACAGAGUCGGUGUUAGGGUGGUUUGCGUUUUGGGAUACGCAAUCGUUGGCCUUGCAUUGAUCUUAUUCGUGCAAGCAAAGAAUGUCUUCCCACAACUCUUACUUGCGAGAUUGUUCUUCUCUGUGGGGGGAGCUGCUACUGCGACGAUGGUGACCGCAAUCCUACCUUCGAUGACAGCCCGAAAGACCGAUAAUUCGGAGAGUUCCCCUAAUUUGAGAUCAGCCUUGCCGGAAAACGUCCGCCACAGUAUUGCGACUGAGUCUAUAGAUUCUGAGAUUACCAUAACACCUACCAAUUAUAAUGGAAGACGUGGGAGUUAUCCUGGCGAUCAUUCGAAAACCAUGAAGCAAAGCGGAUCGAGCCCCCCGCGGUUGGCCGGUUUAGUCGGGGUAUUUACAGGUUGCGGGGCACUCGUGGCACUAAUUGCUUUUUUGCCAUUGCCAGCGCAGUUCUCACGGAUGAAAGGGGUAUCCCAAGGCCAAGCGGUGGCCGAUAGUUUCUACGUGGUUGGAGUUGUGUCACUCAUGGUGUCUUGCUUCUGCUUCAUUGGCCUCCGGGGCUUGGCAGGCGAGGAGGGUAAAGGGUGGCGCCUACUUCUCGGUAGGCCAGUGGUCAGAGACACCGCAGAAGUAGUAUACUCUCAUCACGGACGAGAAGACACGGAGAAGUUUCAGCCAUACUGGAAGCUAAUCACAGAUUCAACGAUUCUAGGGUUCAAAGAUGCACAAAUUGGCCUUGGUUACCUAGGAGGAUUCGUCGCACGUGCAUCAUCUGUGGGCAUAUCACUCUUUAUCCCACUUUAUAUUAACUCAUAUUUCAUUGGGCAUGGGUUUUGCCAAGGAUCUCCAAAUGAUCCAUCACCUGAACUCAAGAAAGAAUGCCGUAGGGCGUACGUUCUUGCGGCCGAGUUAACUGGAGCAUCCCAACUGAUCGCUUUGCUUUGUGCUCCGCUAUUCGGUUAUCUCUCAGAUCGCUACCGUCGUUUCAAUAUCCCACUUCUCGUAGCUAGCGUUUUCGGUAUAAUUGGAUAUAUCGGUUUCGCUCAGCUUGCUAGCCCUGAGCCACAAAAUAUUGAUGGAAGAGGAGGAAGUCCUGUGGUAUUCAUUAUGGUCGCAUUAAUUGGCAUCAGUCAAAUAGGGGCGAUUGUCUGCAGUCUUGGCUUACUGGGAAGAGGUGUACUUGGUGAUGAAGGUGGUUACAAUUUAUCUUCCCAACUUCAAGAUGCGGCGAGCGAUGCGGAUCCCAACUCAUCCGAUACCACUGAAACAGCACCACUAAUAGCGUCUCCAUCACUUCGUAAGCCUUCAUCAAGAAACCACCUUAAAGGAUCUAUAGCCGGUGUCUACUCUCUCUCUGGGGGUGCUGCCAUUUUACUACUCACAAAACUUGGCGGUUACCUUUUCGAUAAUCUAUCCACGGGUGCUCCGUUUUACAUGAUGGCAGUAUUCAAUGUUAUACUUCUUGUUAUUGGCAUUGGGGCUGGAGUUUACCGUGAAAUUAGGACAGCUCAGAUGCAUCGAUGA